AUGAGGGGCAGCGAGAUGUUGACCGCCGCGGGGGGCGCCGGCACGGCCCCGUCCACGGCCACCUCGGGGGUGGCCGCGGCGGCGGACCUGGUUGCCGGAGCGGGGGGCUCGGGCGCUAUCGGCGGGGGCGGCGGAGGCAACUUGCCCCUCGCCGUCGCCCUCCUUGCCUUCGCCUUCGCCAACUUCGUCAACCUCCUCUCCAUCUGGUUAAAAGAGAAGAGGUGGGAUGCAAGGAAAUUUCUUACUUCAGCUGGAGUCAUGUCAUCUCUUUCUGCAACUGUGGGGAGCUUGGCCGUCGCUGUGGGUGGGUCAACAAGAAGGCAGAUAGCUCUGCAUUUGCCCUCGCAUUGGUUUUUGCUGCCGUUGUAUGUACUUAAAAUCAAUCAGGUAAUGUAUGAUGCAUCAGGAAUUCGAUGGCACACAGGUCGCCAAGCUGCGUUGUUGAAUCAAAUAGUCUGUGAUUUCCCACCAGAACAUCCAAUCAUUUCAACCUUUAGGCCACUACGGGAACCUCUUGGACACAGUCCACUUCAGGUUUUUGCAGGAGCACUUGUUGGCUGUGCAGUCGCUUAUUUCAUUGGGAAAUCUGUAUAA